AUGGCACCAAAAAUCGGAACAAAAUCCUUGCGGUUAUUAUGUUCUAUGGAAAUUGCAAGGAAUUGUGAAUCGUUGAGAUUAGCCCAUAUUGAUAAAGAGUGUUGGAAUAACCUUUGGAAACAGAUUUGGGAGAUCAUUCUGUACAAUAAUAUGGAUUCGCCCUACCUGUUCAAGCUAUUUGCUACCCAAUUCUCUCAGUGCACAGAUUUUCCAUGCCAUACAAAACUAUCAAUAGACUUCCAGCAUCAAUACCGUCGGUUGGUCAAUCAAGAAAGGGAUGUGGUUUUGCAUCGUCAUUUACUCAUUGGCGCAAGUCCAAAGCAUAGAAUCGAAACAAUAUGUGGUAAUUUUCACUUGGCAUCCUUCAUAAAUGUUCAUCAAUCUUUUUCUUAUGGCGGUCUAGUUAGUAUCAAAGUAAGAUCACAAUUGAGUAGAGAGUCAUUGAUUUUGUUGUCGAAUCUAACUAGCAUCACACAUUUGGACGUUUCGGGUUGCCGAAAUGUCGACGAUAGCGUUAUUAACUCUUGGUGCAUCGCAAUCAAUGUCGGAAAGUUACCACAUUUGAAUUGCCUAGUCUUGAAUGAUUGUCCAAUAACAAAAUCUGGAUUUAUGAAAUUGCUAAAUUUGACCAGAGGAGAUAUUUUUUACCUUGAAUCGCAUAUACAAAUUGAUCUUAAAGAGUCGCUCAACGAAUGGAACAGCUCUUAUCAAAAUACUGCACUGUUAUCCUUAUGCUCCUUGGAUAAAUGGUACCACGUUAACCUUUUGUAUUAUACCGCACAAAAAACGUUAAAUUUUUACCUGACUCGAAUGAAAAGCACAAUUGUGGAGGAUUAUAGAAUUGUUGAAGACAAAAUAUCCCCUUAUUCGGAUAUUGACAAAAUCAACACUCAGCUAACAAGUGCUUGGCUUCAUAAUCUGCAAAGAAAACUGGGCAACAAUCCAGUAUACUCAUAUCUACUCUCGCAAAGGGUACCACCUCAACCCAACAAGGUCAUCAAAGUCACAAAGGAAAAUAAACUAUCGGUGGUGCCCAAACGGAAAGUGAAAAUAACUUCUUUGAAUUCAUUUUUUGAAAUAUGA